UUCUUUCUGUCCACUCCACUCGAAUCCUCCCUCCCUCCCCGAUCGCCACUCUACAUCGCGCUGCAAUGGCGCCUCCUCCUCCCUUGCUCCCGCGCUCCUACUGCGUCUGCAGCAGCGUCACCACCCACGUCUCCCUCCGCAAGAGCCGUGGCCACAGGCACAACACGGCCGUCCCAAAUUCUACAGGUCCCACCGCCGCGCAGCAGCAGCUCUCGCUGCUCCGUGCCCACGCGCGCGCAGGGCGCAUGCGGCCCGCGCGGGAGGUGUUCGACGCAAUGCCGGCGCCCGGUCGGUCCCUGGUCCCCUGGACCGCUCUCAUGUCCGGGUACGCCACCCACGGCCCGGCCUCCGAGGCGCUCACUCUCCUCCUCCGCUUCUUUGAGCUGCUCCUCAGACCGGAUGCCUUCGUCUUCUCCGUUGCUUUGCGCGCCUGCGCCGCCGUCGGGAGCAUCCGCCUCGGCAGGCAGCUCCACGGCGCCGUUGCCAAGCUGGGAUACGUGGGCGCCGACCUCUUCGUGGCCAACGGUCUCGUCACCAUGUACGCAAGCUGCCGCUCGCUGAGCUGCGCCGAGAAGGUGUUCGAUGGCAUCGCCGCGCCGGAUUUGGUUUCUUGGACCUCCAUGCUCAGCGCCUACACCGAGAACGGCUUCGAUGCUGAGGCGCUGAUGCUGUUUACGGAAAUGGUGCAGGAUGGCAUCGCAUGCGAUGCUUUCACUUUGUCUAUCGCACUCAGGGCAGCUUCGAGUUUGGGCCAUGUGGGAUUGGGGCAUCAGCUGCAUUGCUGCAUGAUCAAGAUGGGGUUGGUCGGUAGUCAGUUCUUGGAGAAUUGUCUGAUCGGUUUCUACGGAAGAUCUGGGGAACUGCAUCUGAUGCGAAAGGUGUUUGAUGAGAUGAAUGCCAAGGAUUUGAUAUCUUGGAACACCAUCAUUCAGAGCUAUGCAGAUAACCUGUUUGACAAGGAGGCUUUAGAUCAUUUUCGUGCUAUGAUGUUUGAACGUGCAGAAUGUGAUGAGUUUACACUGGGCAGCAUUCUCCAUGUUGUUACCAGAAGAUGUGCUUUUGAGCUUGGUAGGGAAAUACAUGGCUACCUCAUUAGAGCGGGUUUGGACUCGGAUAAGCAUGUCAUGAGCGCUCUCAUGGAUAUGUAUGUCAAUCGGGCCACUCUUCAGAAGAAGCCCUGUAUGUUUCCCUUGAGGAUGCUACGGUACUAUUUGUUGGUCCAGGGAAAGCUGGAUCAGUUCAUAGUGGCCAGCAGUUUGAAGGCAUGUGCUUCUGAUCUAGAUUUGGCAUCGGGAAGGAUGUUACAUGCCUGCAUUUUAAAGUUUGACAUGAAUCCAGAUUCCUUUGUUACUAGUUCACUGAUUGGCAUGUAUGUUAAAUGUGGUUCUUUGGAAGAAUCACAACUUCUGUUUUCAAGAACCAAGGAUCCAGGUACAGCUGCAUGGUCUGCAGUAAUCUCAGGCAACUGUCAGAAUGGUCAGUAUGAAAGAGCAAUGCAUUUGUUUAGGAAGAUGCAGUUGGAGCAUGUGCAGCCUAACGAAUUCACUUACACUGCUGCACUUACGGCAUGUAUGGCUCUAGGAGAUGUUGUAAGUUGCAUGGAGAUCCAUAGCAACUCGAUUCGAAAUGGUUAUGGAACCAAUAGUUCUAUUCUGAAAAGCUUGAUUAGCUUUUACUUAAGACAAGGUCAGUACCACCUGGCUCUGAAAUUGUGCUUAUCACUCUCAAACCAUGAGAUAUCUUGGGGUACAUUGGUUGAAGCAUUUGCUCAAGUUGAUGAUCAUGUUGGAAUAGUUAAUCUUUUUCAUGUUAUCCAACAUUGUGGUGUAGAGCUUGACUACCAUACUGCAUGUCUGAUCUUGAAUUCAUGCGGGAAACUGGAACUUCUUGAUGAAGGUUUGCAAGCACAUGCCUAUAUUAUCAAGCGUGGCCUUGCUUCUAAAGCUUCUAUGAGCAACCGCCUUAUCGACAUGUACUCCAAUUGUGGUAGCCUCAGACAUGCAUUUGAUGCCUUCAGAUAUAUGUCUGACAAGAGCGCAUCUUCUUGGACCUCAAUAAUCUCGGCUAAUGUAGAAAAUGGCUGUCCGGAGACUGCUAUUCGCCUGUUUGUGCAGAUGUUAAGGAUGGAGAAGUGUCCCAGUUCACUAGCAUUCUUAUUUGCGCUGAAGGCCUGUGCGAAAAUCGGUCUUGUGAAUGAAGCCUUCAAGUUCUUUUCAUCUAUGACUGAGGUUUACAAAAUACAGCCUUCAGAGGGGCAUUACUCACACAUGAUUGAGGUCAUGGGCCGUGCUGGGAUGUUCAAGGAAGCAGAGCAUUUCAUUGAUAGUGUAGUCCCUUCUGAAUCUGGUGCGUCAGCCUGGAGUUUACUUUGUGCUGCUGCCAAACAAAAUGGAAACGCCAAAACUGUGAAGCUCGCAGCAGACAAACUAGCAAGGCUUGUUCCAGGUGGCUGUUGAGGAAACGACUCAUUUGCUUCACAGCAUGUAGCUUGUACAGCAUCUGCUUCGUUUCCAGGGGAGUCCAUCUUGCUUCGUAAAUAUCUGUGUAUGCAAGUGUUGGUCUUCUUUUGUGGAAAUGUUAUUGCCAAUAAAUUGGGCCUCAGGAGGUCACGUAUGGCAUUAUUGGAACAGAUCCAGGACAACUGGGUACUGUACAUUACAGUGGCACAUAUAGUGGACAUCAGAAUUGCAGGUCGCUAUUAUGAUUUUGUAUAGCUAUUAUAAUUUGACACAAUGUACAUUUUAGUGGAAUAAUAUUCUUUGGUUGAUUCUGAUCCCAUUUGAAAGCAUUUUCUUGGGAA